AUUCUAAAAAAAGAAUUCUAACUAAAUGAAAACAGCGCUAGGGCAAAGCACAUCGGUUAUCUGUAAACAAAACUUCAUAUUAAUCCAAGCUUAAACUCUACUCAAUUCUCACCGAGAUGUCGACGGAAGGAGAGAAGGGGCACAUGAAUGAGAUGAAGAGACAUAUCUUUGUUGAUGAGCCGUACGGAUGCGAAGCGAUCGAGUUCUAUAAAGCUGUAUUUAGGGCAGUUGAAGUGAAUCGUGUGUACAAGGAAAUCGAAACUGAUGAUGAGAUCAAAGGGUCCGUUAGAGUGGUCUCUUGCGAGUUGCAAUUCUGUUCCAGUAUUAUUAUCGUGUCGGAACUCACUCCUAAAUCUUCCAUGCUGAAUCAGAAAAAUGUUGCACCUCCAAGAGGAGGAACAAUGUUAGUGUAUGCCAAGGACGUGGAAUCUGCUUUGGAUUUAGCUGUACGAUUGGGGUCCUCGAUUUUGAAAGAUGGGAAGUUUGAAAAACAAAUUAAGGAUCCGUAUGGUUAUAUAUGGAUUAUUCGCACUGGCGGCAGGGCAGCCGUGGUAGGCACUAGCAACCCUCAAGGAGAAACCAAAAGGCAGAGGAUUCUUUGACUUAUUUAUCGUUGUUGGUACAUUUAACUUCUGAUCUUCCAUGUAAACAACUUUAACUAUUAUCUAGAAUGAUUUAAAAUUCAAGUUACAUGAUUUCUGUAUCUAAAGGUAACCUUUGUAUCUGAUGGUCCAAUCUUCCUUGCAAUUUUAAAAUCUAUUAUAUA